CAAAAGGGAUUUGGAAGUUGCAGUUUCUCUAUGCUGGGAGUUCAUGCAAGUUAUACUCUCUACGUUACAAAUAGAAUUGAGAUAUCGGCAAAAUGAUAUCAAACAUCACUCACAGAGCCCUUUCUCGUGUUAAUGGCAAAAGCAGAGACUUAUUCUUAAAUUUCCGGUAUUUUUCAAGUCAUGGAGAUCCGUUUGGUAUCCAUGCAAAGAAAGGCCAGGUAACAGAGCGACAGAAAAAUUUGAUGGCACGUAGUCUUCCGAAACGCUCAAAGAUUCCGAACGUUGAAAAUGUUAUCGUAGUAGCAUCAGGGAAGGGUGGAGUUGGGAAAUCAACAACUUCAGUGAAUGUAGCUUUGGCCCUGUCUGAAGUGGAUAGAGCAGGUGCAGUUGGACUCCUGGACAUGGAUGUGUUUGGUCCGUCAAUACCUCGUAUGAUGAAUUUGACAGGUGCGCCUGAGCUAGAUAAAGAUGAUAAUAUGAUCCCACUCUCCAAUUAUGGCAUAAAAUGUAUGUCCAUGGGGUUUCUGGUAGAAGAAAAGGCGGCAGUUGUGUGGAGAGGGCCAAUGGUGAUGUCUGCUGUGCAGAGACUGCUCCUCCGCACUGCUUGGGGGAAGCUCAAGUACCUGGUGCUGGAUAUGCCACCUGGGACGGGUGACACACAGCUUUCCAUCUCCCAGCUGAUUAGCGUUACAGGUGCAGUGAUAGUCUCUACCCCACAAGACAUAGCUCUCCUAGAUGCUCGUCGUGGUGCUGAGAUGUUCAGAAAGGUUGACAUUCCUGUUCUUGGUCUUGUUCAGAACAUGAGUGUGUUUUGCUGCCCAAAAUGUGGCCAUGAGGAACACAUUUUUGGGAAAGAUGGAGCAGCAGAGAUGGCUCAAGAACUAGAUGUCGAUGUCUUAGGGGACGUACCUCUGAACCUCCAGAUUCGCUUGGGGGCAGACAAAGGCCAGCCAGUCGUUUUAUCCCACCCGACGAGUCCUCAGGCUCGAAGUUACAUACAUAUAGCGGAGAAAAUUAAAGAAAAAAUUGAUGCUUUAAGAAGCGAAGCAUGAUUAAUUUUAUUUUUAUCCAGUGUAUAUAGUAUUGAUUGUAAAUUUAAUAAAAUAUCAUAUUA